AUGGUAGAAACAGCACCCAAUUCCUUGAACAAUCGAGCAGUAGAAUACCGCGGUUAUCUCCACACCGCUAUGCUUCUUGGAGCGGCAGCAAACCAGCGCCAACACCAAGAAGAAUCCUCCACCUCCGACAAAGGACCGUCGGUUGGCGCUUCGUCAAUUUUUACGAUUGACAGUAUAUUGGCAUCACCGCCUCGAGGAGACAGAAGACAUAUUGGCAGCAGCGAUACAAUUGCUGUAAGUCCAGCUUCAUCACCUGGUUCAAAUGCCGGAGAUAGGAAAGAUGGUGAACUCUUCAGAGAUUUUAGAUCUUCUCCCGUGUUACCUGGACAUCAACACCAUCAUCCGGCGGCGGCUUUGCAUUUAGGACACUUGGCAGCAGCAGCCGCGUCCGGUUUUGGAACUACUUCAGAUUUUCUUGCAGUAGCAUAUCCCAAUUUCUACCCAAAUUAUAUGCACGCUGCUGCAGUAGCGCAUGCGGCGGCGGCCGCGUCUAUGCACGCAAACGACGGCAGCGUUGGUACCGGCGGUGCCCCUCACCAUUUGGUGGUAGGUCACCAUCCUGGCCACCAUCAUGCGGCCGCUCAUCAUCAUCAUUUAGCGAUUGGUGGCGUAUUAGGUGUCGGUCAGCCGCAUGUCCACGGACCGCCACCUAAACGAAAGCGGAGACACAGGACCAUAUUCACAGAAGAACAGUUAGAGCAGUUAGAAGCAACUUUUGAUAAAACACACUAUCCAGAUGUUGUGCUGAGGGAACAGUUAGCACUUAAAGUUGAUCUUAAGGAAGAGCGAGUUGAGGUCUGGUUCAAAAAUAGACGCGCCAAGUGGCGGAAGCAAAAGCGAGAAGAGCAAGAGCGGAUGCGGAAAUUGCAAGAAGAAUCAGCAGCCGCAAAUGUCCAAGCAAUGCAGAACAUCCGCUUAGCGUGGCCGCCGUUAUGCGCGGAUAUAGCGAUAACGAAUCAUCGUUUAGAAGUCGCAUAA